AAAGAGAGAAAACACCCUCCCAUCUCCGGCUGGACCAAUAGGAGCCCAGCGCUGGCGCAGCGCAGCCAAUGGGGAGCGGCGCCUCGGAGGCCGGCGGGCCGCGAGGUGCCACACGCGGCAGUGCGGCGGCGGCCAUGGCGGGCUCUCCGGAGGCGGCGGAGCAGGGCCCGGACCCCCCUCCACCUCCCGGCGGCGCGGCGAGGAAAGGGAAGAGGAACGCUCCGUCCGAGGCCCUGCAGCCGGCGAAGCUGAGCCGCGCCGAGCUCUACAAGCCACCGACCAACGAGGAGCUGAACCGGCUGAAGGAGACCGAGGAUCUGUUCCAUUCCAGCUUGCUCCGCCUGCAGAUUGAGGAGCUUCUGAAGGAGGUAACAUUGAAGGAGACAAAGAAGAAGAAGAUUGAUGCCUUCCUACAUGAAAUUAACAGUCUGCUGAGUGCCAUCCCAGAGACACCAGAAACUGAACUCACUGACCAGGCGUGGCUCCCCAAAGAUGUGAAGGUCCCAUUCCUGCAGGUGCCAUUCAGUGUGAAGGGAAGGUUCCGCUUCAUGCCUCCAACCGAACUGAAGGUGGUGGGUAGCUACCUGCUUGGCACCUGCAUUAGACCAGAGAUCAAUGUGGAUGUGGCUGUGACCAUGCCACGGGAAAUCUUCCAGGACAAAGACAACCUAAAUCAGCGCUACCAUCGGAAGAGAGCUCUGUACCUGGCCCACAUUGCCCAGCACUUAUCUAAGCAGCAGCUCUUUGGCAGUGUCAAGUUUGCCUACAUGAACAGCAACCAUCUCAAGCCCAUCCUGCUCCUGAGGCCUCAAGGCAAGGAUGAGAAGAUGGUCACAGUCCGACUCCAUGCGUGUCCUGUCCCUGGUCUCUUCAAACCGAGCCGCUUCUACCCUAGCAAGAACAAUAUCCGGACAGCCUGGUUUGUGGAGCAGAGCACUCCCAAAGAAGGAGCCUCCGAGCCCCCGACCCCACACUACAACAACUCGAUCCUCUGUGACACAAUGCUGCUCUCCCACCUGCAGUUCUUGUCCAGUGCAGCCACUGACUUCCCAGGCAUGAAAGAUGGCGUGGCCCUUCUCAAAGUUUGGCUUAACCAGCGACAGCUCAGUAAGGGCUUGGGGUGCUUCAGUGGCUUCUUGGUCUCCAUGCUGGUUGCCUAUCUGCUGAUGAAGCGUAAAAUCGUCAAGAUGAUGAGUGGGUACCAGGUGUUAAGGAGCACCCUGCAGUUCCUGGCCACUACUGACCUGAGUGUGACAGGGAUCAGCCUAGUGAAGGAUGUGGAUCCCUCCCUGCCUGUCCUGGACGACUUCCAGCAGGCAUUUGAAGUGGUCUUUGUGGAUCCCUCUGGGCUGGUGAACCUCUGCGCUGAUAUGACCGCCAGCAAAUAUCACCAGGUCCAGUUUGAAGCCAGGUACUCCAUGGAAAUUUUGGAUGAUCGGAUGGUGGAUGGCUUCCAGGCGCUGCUCAUGACACCAAAGCCCAUGCUCAGAGCCUUUGACCACAUCUUCCACCUGAAACAUGUCUCCAAGCUGCAGGGUGCCUGCAAGAAGAUGGAGCUCCUGAAUGAGCUGAUGGAUCGUGGUGGGAACUAUGUGGCUGCAGCCCUUCCCUUCAUUGUCUCACUGCUGGUCCGUGGGCUAUCUGGGAGAGCACUGCUUGUGGUUCACUCCUUGCCACAGAUCCCUGAGUGGCCAAUUGAUGCUGAGCCCCCAAAACACAAGGAUGUUGGACCCCUGACAUUUGGGCUCCUGUUUUAUCCUGACUUUGCUGCCAGCGUGCUGGAGAAGGGACCACAGGCUGAUCACCCUGAGGCCCUGGACUUUCGGACCUUCUGGGGGGAGAAAUCAGAGCUGCGGCGGUUCCAGGAUGGCAGCAUCCGUGAGGCAGUGGUGUGGGAGGCCAACACUGCCUACCAGAAACGCCUCAUUCCUGAGCAGAUUGUCAGGCACCUGCUGAAGCUCCAUGCAGACAUUCCUGAAUCCUCCAUCUGCUACAUGGGAGCCCUGCUGGAGUCUGUGAUUAGGACUGGGAAGGAGGCACCAGGGACAGGUGAAGAAGCCAUGGUCAGUGUUGUCCGCUCCUAUGACGACCUGAGCCGCAAGCUGUGGCACCUGAAGGAGCUGCCCUUGAUGGUGACGUCUGUGCAGGGUGUCCAUCCAGCCCUCCGGUACACGGAUGUCUUUCCUCCCAUUCCCAUGAAGCCAAUUUAUUCCUUCCAUACCCGAAUCAAGACCAAACACCUGCUGCUUCCCUCAGAGGAGAAGCCCUGCCCAGCCUACAUAACCCCUUUGAAGAUGAUCUGCCACAUGGAAGGCAGUGGCCAGUGGCCACAGAGCAAAGAUGCCAUCAAGCGCAUCAAGGCAGCUUUCCACCUGCAGUUGGCUGAGCUCCUCCAGCAGCAGCACCAGCUGGUUUGCAGACCUGCGGUGACCCACACUGAUGUGUACAAGGAUGGGUAUGUUUUCCGUCUCCAAGUAGCCUACCACCGGGAGCCCCUGAUCCUGAAAGAAGUGGUUACCCCGGAAGGAAUGCUGAAGUACCAGGACACUGAGGAAUCUCGGCAGCUGGAGCUGGAAAUACAGCAUAUGCCCUAUGUAACCAGCUCCCUGCAUGGACUCCAGCAGCAGCACCCUGUGUUCGGCAGUGCUUGCCGACUGGCCAAGCGAUGGGUCAGUGCCCAGCUCCUGAGUGACGACAUCUCUGAGGAGUGUGUGGACCUCCUUGUGGCAUUUCUCUUCCUCCACCCAGCCCCCUUCACACCACCCAGCUCUCCCCAGGUGGGGUUUCUGCGUUUCCUUGAUUUGCUGGCAACCUUUGACUGGAAAAACAACCCCCUGAUUGUCAACCUGAAUGGUGGCCUGACAGAUGCUGACUGCACAGAGAUCAAGAGCAAGUUUACAGCUGCUCGCUCCCACCUCCCUGUCAUGUUCAUCGCCACCCCCAAAGACCAGUGGAGCUCCAUGUGGACCCAGGAGCGGCCCUCUGCUCAGAUCCUGCAGCGACUUACUGUGCUGGCCUCAGAGUCUCUCCAUGCCCUGGAGGAGCAGCUCAUGGACCCACUCAAGACCCAGGAUGUGAAGAUGGUCUUUCGCCCUCCUUUGGACUUCUAUGAUGUCCUGAUCCACCUGAAUCCAAAACAGAUUCCUCGGCACCUGGAGAGCGUGGACCAGCCUGUGAAGUCGUUUUCCCGAGGUGUGGUGAAGAACAGCUCUGCUGAGAAGAUCCUCUUUCCUGUGGUGGAUUAUGACCCUGUACAGUGCUACCUCCGGGAGCUGAGAGAUGCCUUCAGUGACCUUGCCUUGUUCUUCUACGACAAGCAUGGUGGGGAAGUGAUUGCAGUUUUGUGGAAACCUUUGAGCUUUCAGCCUCAGCCUUUUAAGGCGUCCAACAUGAAAGGAAGGAUGGUCACAACUCUGAAUGACAAGCUCGUCUGUGUUCCCAACGUGGAGGCAAUUCUGGAGGACUUUGAGGUUCUGGGAGAAGGUCUGGUGAAGAGUGUGGAGGCUCGGACAGAGAAAUGGACUAUCUGAGGCCACUGCUCACACAUUGUUGUGUGGGUCACGCUAUCUGAGGUGUCAGAGGGACCCAUCCUGAAGCAGUUUGCUCACUCUGGGACCGUUCCUUCUUAUAAAUCAGUCCUAGGAAAGGCUUUUGGCUUUUUAAAUCUCUGAACUGUGUGUUUUAUUUUAUUUAUCUUUAUAUGCCAUGUUCAGAAAAUGGCUGAGACCUGUUCCUAUUUUUGAGAAUACAAAUGCCUUUUUAUUUUGAAGAAAAUAUAAAGAGAGGAGAAAGCUUU